CCCCCGCGCGGGCCCCGGACCUUCGCGCCAAGACCCCGGCGUGCCCCGCAGGACCGCCUGCAGCCUCGGGCCACCGCCGCAGGGCAGACUCUGCAGAGUUCCUCCUGACCUCCCCCCUGCCUGCCUCCAUGAAGAAAACCAACCUGUGGUUCUUGGAGCGUCUUCGGGGGUCUGGGGAGAACGUCCCUCCUGGGAGUGAGGCUGGGGACAAGACUUCCAAGGGGCCCCUGUACAGCAAUGUGCUCACACCCGACAAGAUCCCUGACUUCUUCAUACCCCCCAAGCUGCCCGCUGGCCCCACGGAGCCCGAGGGGCCGGCUGAGCUGGGUCCCGCCUCCUCAGAGCAGAGCCUGGCCUCAGGGACACCCCGACGGGCCCCCCGGAGCCCCCGGCUGCCGGCCAAGUUGGCAGCUGAGAGCAAGAGCCUGCUGAAGGCAGCCACGAGGCAUGUGAUCCAGAUCGAGAGCGCAGAGGACUGGUCGCCUGAGGAGGCUGCCACCAACGCUGACCCCCAGGCCCAGGGCGCCAUGUCCCUGCCCUCCGUGCCCAAGGCUCAGACGUCCUACGGCUUUGCCACGCUGGCAGAGAGCCCCCACACGCGGCGUAAGGAGUCCCUGUUCCACAGCGAGCACGGAGCCCUGGCCCAGGUGGGCUCUCCAGGUGCCGGGCGCCGUCGGGGGGGCGCCAAGGCCAAUGGGGGAGACGGGGUGCCAAGGGAGGCUGGUGGGGCCCUCAUGAGCCCCGGCCGCUACUUCAGCGGUGGGGAGAGUGACACGGGGUCCUCUGCCGAGUCCUCCCCUUUCGGGUCCCCUCUGCUGUCGCGCUCCGUGUCUCUGCUGAGAGGGUUCGCCCAGGACAGCCAGGCCAAAGUGAGCCAGCUCAAGCACUCCGCAGGCCGGCCCGGCUCCCUGUCUGCCGAGGACAGUGCUCCAGACACCAGCCCCAGGGCUCGGCGCCGCCUGGCCCGCAGGCCCACCCCCGAGCCAGGGCCAGAGCCCGGCCAGGCGCCCCGUGCUGAGCACGCCGUCCCGAUGGGCCCCCGGGGCAGCGUGCGGCUCCUAGCGGAGUAUGAGGCCGCCCAGGCCCGCCUGCGGGUGCGCCUGCUGGCCGCCGAGGGCCUCUACGACCACCUCUGUGACGCCCGCUCCAUCAACUGCUGCGUGGGGCUGUGCCUGGUCCCUGGCAAGCUGCAGAAGCAGCGCAGCACCAUCAUCAAGAACAGCUACCACCCCGUCUUCAACGAGGACUUCUUCUUCGAUGGCCUGGGGCCGGCCAGCGUCCGAAAACUGGCCCUCAGGAUCAAGGUGGUGAACAAGGGUGGCAGCCUCAAGCGGGACGCCCUGCUUGGGGAGAAGGAGCUGCCCCUGACCUCGCUGCUCCCCUUCUUGUAAAGGCCCCCCACUCCCCGAUGCCCUCCUGCUCAGAGCCCCUGUGGGCAGGAAGCUGGGCCCGGCCAGCAGCCCGGGAGGGGCAGGGUGGGGGCUGGGGGGCUGUUUAGGCUCUGGCCGGGCUGCAGGCAAUGCUGGGGUUACUGGCGACCGUGACCAGAAUGCGCUUGCGUGGGCCCAUUUUUUCAGAUGAGGAAGAGGGGGCCGCCAGGGAAACGAAGGGGACACUUUGCAGGGCGGAGUGUCCUCCCCGACCCUGUGCCCUAAGUGGUUCGUGCUCCUUCACCCUUUCAGACUUCUGGAGAGGGGUCUUCUGGGGAGGGUGGUUGCCAGGAACCCAUGCCUGGGGGCCGUGCAAGUGGAUCACAGGCCUGGAGGGGCCGGUUCCGAGGCUGAGCCCAGUGUUUCCCACGGUGUGUGGGACUCUCCCUGGCCUGGCCCAGCAGACCCCUGCGCCCCCCUGACAGCAGUCCCAGGCCCGGGAUCCGCCGACAGCACCCGUGAGGCUGCAGGGGACACCCCACCUGGGUUAGGCUCUGGAGCAAAGUGGGUUGCGGAGGCAGCAGGCCGAGGAGGGAGGCCGUGUGGCUGUGGGGCUGGGAGUGGAGGCAGGACCUCGGAGGCUGAGGCUGUCCUCUUGCCCCGGGAGCCUGUCUGCUGUUCUCCAGCGCCUUCCCUCCGCCGCCUGCCCACCUCACCUUCAGGAGCCCCCCCACCGUGGGGGGGUAUGCUUAGAGCAGGCCCAGAGCGAGGACCCCAGCCCCAACCCCCCCCAUUCCUCCAAGGCUGGGGGCCGCCACCCCCCUGCGCAGCCCUUGGCUGCUGGAUGCCAGGAAGUGAUAGCCAGGGACUGAGGCUUGGGCUUUCCCUCCCGCAGGAAAUAGGUUUUGGUUAGCAUGGGUGGGAUGGAGGGACAGAGCCGGCAGGUGGGGAGGACCCCUGGUGUGCCCCUUCAUGUUGCAUGGGUUCCAUGUUGUGUCCGUCUGUGGGUCCUUGAAUGAUAGUCCGUGAACAUUUCCCCGCUUCACCCAGCAGAAAUGGUGCAUUGGAAGGACGGGCCAGGCCAGGCGUGCCUCUAGGUCCUGGGCUGUCUGGUAGGCAUGACUGGACUGGGGCAGCUCUUGGGGUCCUGGGCAGCCCCCCCCCAGACAUUGUCCCUCCUGACUAGGUUUCCAAAUGGCAUCGGGGGAGGGACGAAGGAGAUCUCCCCCACAGCCAGGGAAAGCACUUGUUCCCCUUUGCACUUUGGGACUGAGAAUUUGGGGCCCUGGGAGCUGAGGCCCCUUGCUGUGCGCCCCCUGCCCCCCCCCACCUCUGUCCUAGGCCUGCUCCUUCAUGCUCCCUGCUCUUGGUGUUGGGGGUUCCCCUUUCCUCUAGAACCUGGGGACCCCCCCCCCCCAGGGCCAGGCUCUUGGGCUGGAGCAGGUGGACCAAGGACCAUGCCCUGAGUCAGACGCUUGGAGCUUGUCACCCCCUCCUUGUCACCCGCACCCUGACCUCCCAGCCCUGCUGUCCCUCUGGGGGGGGCAUUCUAUAUGGCCCCACACUAUUUGAUAUCUUUGUGCUCCGGGGUGACUGUGGGUAAAUCUUUAAGACACCUUCUCCCAAGUGUGUUUGUUUAUAAAUGCUGUUUUUAGUGCAAUAAAAGUGUU